UGCCCCGCGCUUUUGAUCGUAGCGUGUGUGUGGGACCCGGUUCGGUUUACGUCUUUAACCCCGCCAUAAGGCGGCUAACCCUUUCCCCUCCGCCUUCCCAACACUGACAGAAAGUAAACUCAACAAGUCCCCUCCAAAGAUAUAACCUCACCAGCUACAAAUAGCCCGCAACUUUCGUAUCGUCUCCCCUCCACAAGAAAUCUUACCCCUUUUUCUCAAAUCAAUAUACACCAUGUCUGCCCCCCAGAGCGAAGCCUUCAAGCAGGCUGUCACCGACAGCAAGAAGCUUACCGCCAAGCCCGGCAACGACGAGCUCCUUGAGCUCUACGGCCUUUACAAGGUCAGCACCGGCGAGGACAUCUCCAGCGCCCCCAAGCCUGGCAUGUUCGACCUCAAGGGUAAGGCGAAGCAAGGUGCGUGGCAGAAGGUCGUCGACGAAGGCACCACCCCCGAACAGGCCCAGGAGAAGUACGUCGCCCUCGUCAACACUCUCAAGGAGAAGUACGGCUACGACGCCAACAAGGAGCCCGAGGCUGUUGGCAACUAAGUCGCUGCGCAUGCCAGCAACGCCCAUGAGAAACGACACGGUUGAUAUGCAUUAGCAAUGGUUCGAUGCAACGGUAUUUACCUGGCGACAACCGAGAAUCAAUACAAUGAUACCAGAGCUGCUCGAGCCUGAUCG